AUGUCCAAUCUUUCCUCCGGGGCCGUAUGCGCGCCCGAGCUCAACAAGGACAAAGCUCCUGCUGAGAAGCUGGCCAACUGUGAUACCAGCCACGAUGUCGAGCAGCAGCAGCACCAACAACACCAUACCGAGACCAACAAUGCCCAUAUAUCAUCCAUAUUUCAUUCCCUUGGUAUAAUCGAUCGGUUUUUGGCCGUAUGGAUAUUUCUCGCUAUGUUGAUAGGCAUCAUCCUCGGAAAUUUCGUCCCAAGCGCUGGGCCAGCGCUUCAGCAGGGCAAGUUCGUUGGGGUGUCCAUACCAAUCGCCGUAGGUCUGCUGGUAAUGAUGUAUCCUAUCCUAUGUAAAGUUCAGUACGAGAAACUGUACGAAGUUUUUCGUACUCGAGAGAUCUGGAUACAACUCGGCUUCAGCGUAGUUGUCAACUGGAUCAUCGCGCCUCUCUUCAUGCUCGCCUUAUCAUGGGCAUUUCUCCCGGAUAGAGAGGGCCUGCGGAACGGCCUGAUUCUCGUAGGAGUCGCAAGGUGCAUCGCCAUGGUGCUUAUAUGGACAAGCCUAGCCAGGGGAGAUGGCGAUUAUUGCGCAAUCCUUGUAGCUGUCAACUCGUUUCUGCAAAUCGUCCUCUUCGCUCCCGUUGCAUUACUCUUCAUCCGGGUCAUUGGCCAAGACGACAGCAUCUCCUCUAUCUCGUACUCAACAGUUGCUUCUGCAGUGGGUGUCUUCCUCGGCAUCCCCCUUGGUGCGGCCAUUCUUACCCGUUUGUCGUUGAUCUACACCAUCGGCACCAAGACAUACAACACCAGAGUGAUACCGUUCUUGGCGCCUUGGUCACUCAUCGGACUCCUUUACACCAUCGUCGUUCUAUUCGCCUCCCAAGGGUCCCAAGUUGUUCACCAAAUCGUCUCCGUGGUGCGGGUGGCGGCGCCGCUGGUGGUCUACUUCUCUAUUAUCUUCUCGGCAACGCUGGUUGUCGCACGUAAGAUGGGAUUCCGUUACGGUCUCGCAUGCACGCAGGCUUUCACAGCCGCCAGCAACAACUUUGAGCUGGCCAUCGCGAUUGCCGUUGCAGCAUACGGGCCUGACUCGGACGAGGCGCUUGCCACGACCGUCGGGCCGCUUAUCGAGGUGCCGGUACUCCUAGGACUGGUCUACUGCAUCAAAUGGUUUGCCCGCCGAUAUGGCUGGGAGGAUUAA